AUGCCAACAGUUUAUAGCCUGUCUUGCGAUCCCCAUAUUGUAUCUGAGGUAUUUAUUCCCCAAUUUUGUUUCUUUUUCGGACCAUUCCAAAUCAAUGGUGUUCCUGUAAGACGUGUUAACAAGGCUUAUGUGAUAGCAACUUCAACAAAGGUUGCCGUCUCCGAGGUAAAUGUUAACAAAUUUGAUGACGAGUACUUUGCAAAGCAAGUCGAGAAGAAAAAGAAGAAGGGUGAGACUGAAUUCUUGGAGGCAGAAAAGGAGGAUAAAGCCUCUCUCCCAGCAGAGAAGAAGGAUAACCAGAAAGCCGUUGAUGCAGCAUUGCUUAAAGAAAUUGAAGCUGUUCCUGAUUUGAAGUCCUAUUUGGGUGCAAGAUUCUCUCUCAAGUCCGGCAUGAAACCUCACGAGCUUAUCUUUUAA